AUGAGUCUGGACGAGGACGCCCGCUGGCUGGAGUGGGUCACCAGACAGUUCCAGAGCAUCGCAGGAGACAACAAGGAGAUCGACCUCCAUGAGUUCAAAACAGCUCUGAAGGUCAAAGAAUCGUUCUUCGCCGAGCGGUUCUUCGCCCUGUUCGACUCGGACGGCAGCAGCUCCAUCAGUCUGGACGAGCUGCUCAAAGCUCUGGACCUUCUGAUCCACGGCAGCGAGACCGACAAGCUCAAGUUCCUGUUUCAGGUUUAUGACGUGGACGGUCAGUUGUUCCUGUUCUCAGGCAGCGGCUCCAUCGACCCAGAUGAGCUCAGAACUGUUCUCAAGUCGUGUCUGCGCGAGAGCGCCAUCUCUCUGCCGGAGGAGAAACUGGACGACCUGACGCUGGCGCUGUUCGAGUCGGCCGAUAAAGACAACAGCGGCGCCAUCACCUUCGAGGAGCUGAAGGCUGAGCUGGAGACUUUUCCAGAGGUGAUGGAGAACCUCACCAUCAGUGCUGCUAACUGGUUGAAACCUCCUGAGGUGGAAGAGAAGAAGCGUGGUCAUACCCCCCGCUACCUGACGAGGGCGUACUGGCAGAACAACAGUCGGAAGCUGUUCUUCCUCUGCGUCUACGCCGGCCUCAGUCUGACGCUGUUCGUCGGCGCCAUGCUGCAGCACAGCCGCGGGGGGGCGUGGCUGAUGGUCGCCAAGGGCUGCGGACAGUGUCUCAACUUUAACUGCACCUUUGUCAUGGUGCUGAUGCUGCGGCGCUGCUUGACGUGGCUGAGGACCACCUGGCUGCUGAGGGUUCUUCCUCUGGACCAGAACAUCCUGCUGCAUCAGAUCGUGGGCUACAACAUCCUGGUCUACACGCUGGUUCACACCGCCGCACACGUCUUCAACUUCGUCCAUCUGUCUCAGAGCAGUGGCUUCAGUCUGUGGGAGUACCUGCUCACCACCCGGCCGGGGAUCGGCUGGGUGAAGGGCUCGGCCUCGCUGACCGGUGUGGUUCUCCAGCUGGUGAUCUGCCUCAUGGUUCUCUGCUCCAGCACCUUCGUGCGACGCAGCGGACACUUUGAAGUCUUCUACUUGUCUCACCUGUCCUACGUGUGGGUGUGGUCUCUGCUCCUGGUUCAUUGUGCAAACUUCUGGAAGUGGUUUUUGGUCCCGGGACUGGUUUUCGUGCUGGAGAAGAUAGUGGGAAUCGCAGUUUCUCGUAUGGGAGGUCUCUACAUCGUGGAGGUCAUCCUGCUGCCGUCCAAGGUCACUCACCUGGUCAUCAAACGUCCUCAGUUCUUUCAUUUCAAACCUGGAGAUUACGUCUACGUCAACAUUCCCGUCAUCGCUAAGUACGAGUGGCACCCGUUCACCAUCAGCAGCGCCCCGGAGCAGGGGGAUUCUCUUUGGCUGCACAUCCGUUCGAUGGGUCAGUGGACGAACCGCCUGUACGAGUACUUCCGACGCCCAGAGAGCGAGACGCUCGGUCCCCAGAGGCUGGCCACGAGCCUGAGGAACCGUCGGCAGCUGAGGGCCCAGUUCGGUGAAAAUCACCGGUUCUGCAACAUCAAGUGUUAUGUAGAUGGACCGUAUGGGACCCCCACCAGACAGAUCUUUGCCUCUGAGCACGCUGUCUUGAUCGGCGCCGGCAUCGGCAUCACACCCUUCGCUUCCAUCCUGCAGAGCAUCAUGUAUCGAUACAGACGCAGGAAACAGAACUGUCCCAGCUGUAACUACUCGUGGUGUGAAAACGUUAAAGACAGCGACAUGAAGCUACGCAAAGUGGACUUCAUCUGGAUCAACAGAGACCAGAAGUCAUUUGAAUGGUUUGUUAGUUUACUGACCAAACUGGAGAUGGACCAGGCUGACGAGGAGCCGGAAGGACGAUUCCUGGAGAUGCACAUGUACAUGACGUCCGCGCUCAGUAAGAAUGACAUGAAGGCCAUCGGCCUGCAGAUGGCGCUGGACCUCCUGGCCAAGAAGGAGAAGAGAGACUCCAUCACUGGGCUGAGGACCAGAACCCAGCCUGGGAGACCUGAGUGGGGGAAGGUGUUUCAGAAAGUGUCCGAGGAGAACAAGGGGAAGGUCCACGUGUUCUACUGCGGCUCGCCGGCUCUGGCUAAACUCAUCAAGGCUCAGUGUGAACACUUCGGAUUCAACUUCUACAAGGAGAACUUCUGA